UCAGUCACAAAGUCUUAGAGGGCGACUUCAAACCUGACAUUCAAGGGAGGGAUUUGCCAUUUUGCUGCUCUGACUGUUUUUAUAGUUUAAGCUGUUUUUUUUCCCCCUAUAUGGUUUCUCACUUGGUGCCAAUCUGCAGCCUGAAUUGUUGGGCUGACAGUCUCCAGUGCAUCAACAUGCCUAACCUUCUGAACCUCAGCAGCCUGGGCAAGAUCUGUGGCUCCAAUCGCACCGAUGACAUGGUGGUCCUGGACCGGGUCACGCGCAAGAACUCCGUCAGGCGCAUGUCCGUCAUUGAGGAUGGGCAAGUGGCAGAGGUUCUCUACCUGAUUCCUAAACAGGCCAUGAUAGAGCAGCUUCCUUUCAUCAACCCCGACGACUACAUCCUGUGUGAAAAGCUGGUGGGCAUGCCGGCUGAGAUUCCAGUGCUGCGAGCUCAGGACAGCCACUACCCGAGUCCCCCAGCAGGGAAGCUGGUCAUCCAGUGCUUCAGAUGUGGCGAGCCGUGCAAGGGAGAGGUGCUGCGGGUCCAGACCAAGCACUUCCACAUCAAGUGCUUUACCUGCAAGGUGUGUGGCUGUGACCUGGCUCAGGGGGGGUUCUUCGUGAAGAAUGGAGACUAUCUCUGCCCACUGGACUUCCAGCGGCUGCACGGCACAUGCUGCACCAACUGUGGGGAAUUUGUGGAGGGUGAAGUCGUCACAGCCCUGGGAAAGGCCUACCACCCAGCAUGCUUUGUGUGCACCAUGUGCAAACGGCCCUUUCCUGCGGGGGAUCGGGUCACCUUCAGUGGAAAAGACUGCCUCUGCCAGCGUUGCACGAAACCCACCUCUCCCACUCCCACUAAGGACUUCAGCUGCUCCAAGAAUUGCGCUGGCUGUGGCAGAGACAUCAAGAAUGGUCAGGCCCUGUUAGCGUUGGGAGGCCAGUGGCACCUGGGCUGCUUCAAGUGCAAAGCAUGCAGCAAAGUGCUGAGCGGAGAAUACAUCAGCAAGGAUGGUGUUCCAUACUGUGAAAAGGACUACCAGAUCCAGUUUGGGAUACGGUGUGAGGCAUGCCAGAAGUUCAUAACAGGGAAAGUCCUGGAGGCUGGGCACAAACACUAUCACCCAAGUUGUGCAAAGUGCAGCCGAUGUGACCACAUGUUCACAGAGGGAGAGGAAAUGUACCUGCAAGGCUCUACAAUGUGGCACCCAAACUGUAGAAACAACAGCAGAAAUGAGGACAAAUACAGGCCCACCAGAUCUUCAACUGAAAGCCUCUUUUCCAGACCGGGCUCAAGCACGCCGGGCUCCCCUGGCUACAACCUCUAUGCAAAAGUAGACAAUGAGAUCAUUGAUUACCGAGACUUAGCAGCCAUUCCAAAAGUCAAGGCCAUAUUUGAUAUAGAGUAUCCUGAUAUGAUGUCCUAUGGAUCUGUCAACAACUCCUCCACACUGGACAGCAAAGGAAAGAGACAAGACAGACAAAGCCCUGUAGAGUCACCAGGGACUUCAUCUCUUACUCCGACUUCUCCAGAGGAGAGUUAUGAGAUGAAAAACGGCAUGGUGCCAAGAUCCACAAGCCACGGGUCUUUUGGAUCCCGUGCGAUGUAUAACCGCCACAGCUACACGCCCACUGUGUCACGAUCACCCCAGCACUUCCAUCGGCCAGACCAAGGCUUCAACAUGUAUAGAAAACCUCCAAUAUACAAACAGCAUGGAACAGAAGAAAGAACUCAAUCACCAGGUGAAAAGGCGGAUCAUGUGAAAAAUCCACAGAUGCAAGAGGAAGCACUGAGAAAGAUCCAACUUGGUGUGGGGAAACUUAGCCCGAAUGAUGAGAUGAAGAAAGACAUUAACAGAGAAAAGGACACUUGCGGUGUUUCUGCCCAGCGCUCAAACACCCCACCCUCCCUCCCUAUAGCUGUAGAUCCAAAUCCCGCCACGUCCAAAACAUCCUCUUUGCCUGGGUAUGGUCACAACUGCCUCAACUUGCCACAAUCAUCUGAAUUCUCCCGGCACAACAGCUAUGGGGACUUCAGUGAUGAAGUCAGAAAUUUUAAGCUCAUCCAUGAAGGUCAGCGUCCAUUAGCACGAAUGGACAGAGGAGAGUCUAUGCCUAAUUUGUUGGAGCCAAAAGUGUACCCGUACGAAAUGCUCAAUGUAGCCAACAGAGGUCGUAUUAAGCUACCCAAGGAUGUUGACAGAACAAGACUUGAGCGUCACUUGGCCCCGGAUUUGUUCUUUAAAAUCUUCGGCAUGAAGAUGCAGGAAUUUGACAAACUUCCACUUUGGAAGCGCAAUGACAUGAAGAGGAAAGUGAAUCUUUUCUAGACACCACACCAGUGCAUGUUUUAAUUUAUUAACGACAGUCAAUAUACAUGGCAAGUUCUAGUUGUUGAAUUGUUGUGUUAUGCUUAUCCAUUUGCAUUUCACACAUGAAUAAAUCAUCUUUUGCCUAAGCAAAGAAUAAACCACCUUCUAACUAGGACACAAUAUUAUGCUUCCAAUUAGUUUCAGCAGCGUGAUAAAUGAUGAAUAGUUUUAUGUCCUGUAAACGGACAUUAUAAGUCUGAGUUAUAAGUCUUUCCCACUAUUAGAGCACCCCAGUCCACAUUUUGUUUGAUAGUUACUUAGUGAUGCAGUCAGUGGUGCCUAUAAUUUUUAUACAUGUCUUACAAAUGACUUGGAACACAUUAUAAACCUGUUUCAAGCAAGAUAAAAUGGUACAACAGAGUGGUGUCAUUGACAGGAUUUCAGACUUCAGCGCAUAAAGCAACAUAAGGCCUUUUCAUAGUGCUUAUAAAGCCCCACAGAAUCAUUGAACAUUUUCAAAAAUGUGUCUAUUCUUCUUGCCUUCUGAAAAUCUGAGAAAAUUAGGUCUGAAUUCCCUUACCAAAUAUGAUUUUAGAAAGGGUUGGUGGUAAUGAGAAUCUUUUGUAUGAGGAUGUUUGGGUGGUUUACUAAAAAAACUGGUUGUAAAUGCUGGU